UGUAACAGGUGUCUCUGCUUCCUCUGUUAACCUUUUUACAUGGGGUUUAACGUCUGACAAAAACCCAACCCCCCCACACACGCUUAGUUCAUUUUAAUCUUUCUGGUGAAGUUUGGUUUUUUUUCUUAGUGUUCAGAACUUUUUCUGCAGUCUUUUCAUUGCUACUGCGGAGGGUUUCAAUGGCUUCAUGUAGCUUGGGAGCUCCAAAUGUUAAAUUCCUUAGCGUGAACCUUCGUAUAGCAAGAGCUGGUGAUUUACAACCACAAUAUGAUGUAAGGAAAUGGAUGGGACAGAAACAACUACAAUAUACAGGUCUGACAAUAUCACGGCCAGUGGAAAAAGCAUUCACUGUGUGUUGUGGUUUGGAAACUGAGUCUAAAAGAAGUGUUGACGAUGAUUAUGGAGAGACAAAGUCAUCUGGUUUGACAAGCCAACUCAUUCCAAAUUCAUCAGAGGUGAAAUCUCUUGUCAGAGAUAUAUGUGAUACAACUUCAGUUGCUGAAUUUGAACUGAAACUCAAUGGCUUUAGGCUCUAUGUGAAAAGGGACUUGAAAGGGAACAGUGUACCUCCACCUCCUUUGAGUGCUGCUCCUGUCAGCAUAAAUACAACUGUUGAGGCACCUGAUUCAAAUGGGUCUGUUCCUUCUCCAUCUCCAGCUACUACAAAACCUGUGCUGUCUUUAGAGAGGGUUCAGACAUUGCCUGAUAAAGCUGCUGAUGAAGGCUUGAUGAUACUUCAGUCUCCGAAGGUGGGGUUUUUCCGGAGAUCUCGAACCAUAAAAGGGAAGCGUGCACCACCCUCAUGUAAAGAGAAGCAAAUAGUAAAGGAGGGUCAAGUGCUGUGCUAUAUUGAACAACUUGGUGGUGAAAUUCCAAUUGAGUCGGAUGUGUCUGGUGAAGUGAUCAAAAUCCUAAGAGAGGAUGGGGAGCCUGUUGGAUAUGGUGAUGCUCUUAUUGCGAUUCUCCCUUCAUUUCCUGGGAUAAAGAAACUUCAGUAGAAAAUUUAGUUGAUCCUUCUUCAAUAAUACCUUGAUGAGUGUACUAUCAUUAGUUAAAAUAUUUAUACAUGCCUUUAGCAUUGGAUUUUAGUGGGAAUUGUAAACAGAUUUGUGCUCAAGAUCAUCUCCUCUGAACUCUAGAGUUAUUCCAGUACUUAGAAAUCAACUUCUAUUUGAUUAUGUCAAACAUUACCUUGGGAAGUUCACAUGCUCUCCAAAGAUUUUUGAGCUUGGAUAAAUUUCAAAGUUGUAUACAAUAAUCCCUCAGUCUUCAA